GUUAAGCUGCUGUCAUCCUGUUAAAUAACUCCGGGUUAAGCAACGUAUAGGUCAUGUUUGUGAAAAGUUGUGAUGUUAUGUAAAAUACCUUUCUAAACUCAUUUAAGUCACUUUAACCUCACUGAGUGAUUGAACGCCCUGCCAUUACCCGUUUUCCUUGCUAGGAACUACUGCAAUCUAGCUAAUUAAGCACAGAUAGAAGCUGUACUGUUUAGAAGUUAACGUUACACUUUCUUUUUGUUAAAAGUGCUUUACGUUACUGUCAGAUGACUUAAACAUAUAGGGGACUAGGACGUUGGUAGAAAAACUGACCUGAAUUCGGCUGAAUUCAAUUUUGCUCUGUCUUGAGGUUACUUAUGGCUACCCUUAGCAGACGUUUAGCAACUUUGUUUCGCUCAUGUGGUAAAUGCCCUCAGCGACAUCUUCCUAGCGGCAUACACGCUCGGUGGCUUCCAUCCGGGAAAGGCUUUCACACAACCACGACUGGAAAUUCAUACGAUGUAAGGAAAGUUGAGUUGACACCUUUGGAACAGAGAAAAUUAACCUUCGAUACUCAUGCACUGGUGAAGGAACUUGAAAGUAAAGGGUUUGCAAAGGAUCAAGCAGAAGUCGUCGUGGGAACUCUGGUGACUUUGACCACAGCCAACAUGGACAUUGUUUACAGAGAUAUGGUCACCACAGCGCAUCAGGAAAUUGCCCUGCAGCAGAUCAUGGCUCACCUGGACUCCAUAAGGAAAGACAUGGUGAUAUUGGAGAAGAGUGAAUUUUCUAACCUGCGCUCUGAAAACGCGAAAAUGAAAACAGAACUUGAACAAAUCAAGACUAGACUAAUGGAGGAAAGCCAGAAGAUCCGAGCCGACUCCAAACUGGAUAUCAACUUGGAGCGAAGCCGAGUGUCAGACAUGUUUACAGACCAGGAGAGGAAGCUCAUGGAAGUCGGAGCUGAGUUUCAGAAGAAGAACUCCGAUAUUGACCGCAGCACCAUGGAAACCACCAAGAAAAUUGACAUUGAAGUGGCGUCUCUGAAGACGCUGCUGGAGUCGCUCAAGUUGGACACGAUUCGCUACCUUGCAGCGUGUCUUUUCUCCUGCCUGGCCAUCACACUGGGCUUCUAUCGUCUCUGGAAGUAACUCUGGAAGGAAGAUGUCACGUUAUAACUAGAGAUGCACCGAUAUGGAAUUUUAGGGCCGAUAACGAUAACCGAUAUUUAUUGGUUUGUUGUGACCGAUACGAUAACCGAUAAUAUUUCUCUUGAAAAAAAAAUGAAAAGUGAUUUGGGGAA